CAUCACCCCUUGAACAAUCCCUCGUCAAUUCCAACACACAAAUCCCACACAUCCAUCACAAUGUUCCGCCAACAACUCCUCCGCCAGGUUCGCCUCUUCAGCACCACCCCAAUUGCGCGAAAGAGCCCAGUAGAGACCGUCAAGGACGCCGCCAAGGUUGUUGACAGGACCAUCUCAGAUGUUGCCGUAAAGGGCAUUGAGAAGGGCGAGCAAGCCGCCGCCGCCGUUAAGGAAGCAGUCCCCGAGACCAAGGGACAGGCUAAGGGACAAGCCAACGAGGUUGCCGGACAGGCAAAGGGCAAGGCCAACGAGCUCGCUGGCGAGGCCAAGGGCAAGGCACAUGAGCUCAAGGGCGAGGCCAAUGCGAAGUUGUAAAGGCGUAAUGAUACAAAGCUUGGGUUCGAGGAGGAUUUGGAAUGAGCUUUACUCAAAUCGAGUACUCGACCGAGGAGGGAAGAAAUCAUAUUCGCAUGCCGGAUAAAUGAAUGUACCCUUACUGUUCGCUGUAAUAAGUACGAGCUAUAAUGACGAGGAUCUUGACUGUGGCUGAAGUGAGACGUGUCUGUUAAUGGUAAUGUACAUGUAGCUGUAGAGGAAAUCAGCUAAGCCGCACCUGGAGAUAGGGAUUUAGAGCGAGAAGGCCCAUGUAGGGUCUAUACAGCAGCUGGGCCGAUAUGACAGGCGAAGAGAAGAGAAGAGAAGGAGAAGGACAUCUUCCGAGAUGAGAAUGUGCACCUUCCAC